AUGCCCCUCUCCACCGUUCUAUUCGCGCUGUUCUCGGCCGCCUCCGCCGGCUUCAUCGGCGGCUACGGUGGCUACGGCGCUGGCCUUGGUGCAGCAGGCAGUGGUGCUGGCUACGGUGGCGGCUACGGUGGCGGCUACGGCGGUGGUCUCGGGGGCGCCGUUGCUGCGGCUCCGGUCGCUGUCGCCGCGGCUCCGGCCGUUCCAGUGCGGAGCACUUCUUACAGCAACAGCGCAGGAGGCGCCGCGAUCCUUGCUGGAGGCGCAGUCGGUGGUCUCGGAGGCGCUAGCCUGGGUCUAUUCUCUGGUGCCGGCCUCGGCUACGGAGGAGGAUUGGGAGGUGGUCUUGGAGCCGGCGCUGGAUACGGAGUCGCCGUCGCUCGUCCCGCCAUCGCCGUAGCUCCAGCCGUGGCUGUGGCUCGGCCAGUGGUUGUGGCUCGCCCAGUGGCUAUUGCUCGUCCAGUGGCUGUUGUUCGUCCCGUCGCCAUUGCUGCCCCGGCCGUUGCUGCUGUUCCAGCCGUUGCCGUCGGAGGUGGUCUGGGUGGUGCUGGUGGUUUCGGAGGCCUCGGUCUCGUCGGUGGUGGAUACGGUGGCUACGGUGCUGGAUAUGGUCUCGGUCAUGGCGCUGGUGUCGCUAGGCUCGCUGUCGUUGGCGGCUACGGCGGCUAUGGUGGUGGCUACGGUGGCGGAUACGGCUAUGGCCACGGAGCUGGUCUCGGCAGGCUCGGAGUUACUUACGGUCAUGCCGCCAAGUGGUGGUAA